AUGAAAGUCGACUAUCUACAGAACGUGCCUUCAUCAGAUGCAACCAGAAGCUACACCUUCACCAGCAAUGAGGGGAAGCGCUGUGUGGCAUGGAGACGCUAUGAUGGGUCUAUGUAUUUCACUGCUGAGCCUGAAGAGCUGGUCGACCCGGUCGUCAAAGCCAUUAAGGGUGGUGCUGUGGAUUCACUGACGGAGAUGGUGAAGACUGGGAGAAACCUGACGGAGAGGAAUACGUUGGGGUGGCUGCCUCUGCACGAGGCCGCAACCCAUGGGAAGAAGGAAUGCCUUGAUAUCUUACUGGAAGCCCACCCUGAGGUGAUUAACAGGCGCACAAUGAAGGACCAGACUCCUCUCUUCCUAGCUGUGGUGGCUGAACAUUUGUCCUGUGUCCAGUGCCUGCUGGAGAAAGGAGCUAACCCCGUCAUCGCUGACAAGGACAGGGAAACCCCUCUAUAUAAAGCUUGCGAGGGAGAGAAUGUUGAGAUGGUGGCAAUGCUUUUGAGCUUCGGGGCCGGGGUGAACAAGCAUUGUAUUCAGGGCUGGACCGCCCUCCACGAGGCUGUGAUCCGCAACAACAUGGAGAUAUGUGUGCUGCUGAUGAGGGCGGGGGCCAAGCUCAGUCCAGUCAACAUGUAUGGUAUCACUCCCCUGUUCGCUGCAGCCCAGACUGGACAUGCUGAAGUCCUGAACUUCCUCAUCACCAAUGGUGCAGACGUUAACAGCCAGGCGAACGAUGGGGCAACACCGCUCUAUGAAGCCUGUAAGAAUGGACAUGGGGAGAUCGUGGAGCUCCUGCUGUCUCAGAAAGCAGAUGCCAACAAACCCACCGAAGCUGGACUUCUGCCCAUCCAUAUCGCUGCCCAACGUGGAUAUGAUGAGAUCGUGUCCAGACUGAUCCAAGUCACCAGCAAGUCCAGAGUGCGACGCAGUGGCAUCAGUCCCCUCCAUCUUGCCGCCGAACACAACAAAGACAACACCCUGGAGGUUCUGAUCGAGGCAGACUUCGACGUCAAUGCCAAGCUGUCCAGCGACCGCUCUUCCAUAUACCAGGAUCGACGAACCACUGCACUCUAUUUUGCAGUCACCAACAGCAACGUUGAUGCUGCCGCCAUGCUUCUUGAGGCCGGCGCAAACCCCAACCUGGACAUCUUCAACCCGCUACUGGUGGCUGUGAAGCAGGGUUGUGUCCAAAUGGUGUGCUUACUGGUGGAGCACAGGGCAGACGUCAAUGUUAAAAUCCCAACUCACCCCACCUCGUUCCCGGCAAGUGUCAUGUUCUGUAUGAAGUAUCUAUCUCUGCUCAAGUACCUAUUGGACAAUGGCUGUGACGCCUUAUCCUGUUUCAAGUGUGAGCAUGGCACCAAACCACACCCACCGAUGAGGAAUGUAUACAAGGAUGACCUGGGUCUCUGCCAUGAGGAGCCAGGUGUGCAGGAGAAGACCCAGAUGCAGACAGUUUCGAAGUAA